AGGAUAGGAGCGCCCUGCAACAUUCAUAGCACAGCCAAAACCAGAACACACAAAGCUACCAUAGCCAUGGCUUCCUGUCAACCAGCGAAACCUCAACCUAGCGACCAAAUAGAAACAAAAGGCGAGCUUUGGAACAAUUCUAAACACACUUUAUCCCUGGAGGACAAAGUGGUCUGGAAAGGAGCUCCGUUUAAGGAUUACCCGGAAACAAUCGAGAAAAACAAAACAGGUGAGUUUACCCACCUUGCAGGCUCCGAUGAUGAUGGUUCCUAUGCUGCUCUUGCCUACAAAGUACUGGACGAGGGUAUAUGGUGGGUUGUUGCCUGGAAAAACAUUAAAGAUACAAGCAACAAGGUUUAUACUGAUAUCAUAGAUGAACCCGUUGAUUGGGAUAACGUCAAAGACAUGCUUGAUACAGAAGGGAGCGUAGCUUAUGACACCGACAAACAUGAAUACGAAGCUGAAAUCAAAAUUGAUGCCAAGGGGGAUUCACCAAAAAUGACAGCAACCAUCGAGCCUGACGUUGUGUCUAAUAUGGCCCAAUGAGAGGCAGAAGUAGGGCGAUUUUCCCCUGCUCAUCAGGUUGAGGCUGUGGAAGCUUAAUAAUAAUGUGUUUUCAAGUCAUGGCCUUUAAAAUCAUGUCAUUGUCAUACAUUCAUGCAUACAUGCGUGGCUAUUGUUACAUAUACUAAAUGUGGAUUCAAAUAAAACGAAAGGCCCUCUUUUAGCUCA